AUGUGGUUGUGGCAUGCGUCACAGAAUGUACAAAAACUGAAAAAUGUUAAAAAUGAGAACUUGUUAGCAUUUUUACAAAGAUUUCUCAAUGUAGCAGUAUGUUUACAGUCAUAUCGUCGUAAAGCGGAAGAUUUUUCAUUUAUCAGUUCAUCAGGUCACGGCGCAUUUGGUCGUGUUCAACUUGUUCGUGAAAUUACAACAGGUUGUGUAUGUGCUAUGAAAGUAAUAAACAAAUCUCGAAUGCUUGCACAACACACAGAUUAUUGGGCCGAAAAAGAAAUUAUGUCACAUAGUGAAAGUCCGCGGAUUGUAGAAUUAUAUUAUGCCUAUCAAGAUUUAAAAAAUUUAUAUAUGAUUAUGGAAUAUGUUCCCGGCGAUGCUGGUGGUCAUCUAAAAUUAGCUGAUUUUGGUACUGCUAUACGUGUUGAUCCGGAAACUUCAUUAAUUCACUGUGAUGCAGCUGUUGGAACACCAGAUUAUUUUAGUCCAGAAGUUCUUUUAUCACAGGGAAUUGGUGGUGGGAGUUAUGGAUUCGAAGUGGAUUGGUGGGCAUUAGAUGCUGUUAUUUACGACAUGCUUUAUGGUGUUACACCAUUCUAUUCAGAAACAUUGGUCAAUACUUAUGCUAAUAUUGUGAAUCAUGCAAAUAUUUUGAAAUUCCCUGAAAAAGAACCAGAAGGUCGGCUACAUACCAAAGAUUUAUCGAAUCCUAUACAUGCGUCGAGAUGCGGUCAAGAAGCGUUGCAGGAUAUGUUAAGCGGGUUGAGAGACUUAAUGUUGCUGUUCUACGCGUGCAUGGAUCCUAAAACCCGAGGAGUCAGUACUCACCAAGCAUCUAUCGCUGGACCACAAUGCGUCGAAACGUUGCAGCACAUGAAAAGCAACAAAGAACUUCUUCAACAGGCCUUUCAUGUAGUAAAAGAAAGCUGUGACCGCUUACUUCCUGCUGACGUUUCUGAUCUUGUCCCCUAUGUGGAUACCCCGAUAAUGAACAGAGAACCAAGUCUUGAAUUAAAGCAACUAAUUAUAGCUCGUGAAAAAGUAAUCAAAAGGUUGCUAACAGUAACAGAAGAACUCGAAAAACUACGUCGCAUUUUAACAAAGACAGUGUGGGAACUCAAUGACCUUACUGACCCAAAUGUUCAGAAAUUUUGA